GGGUUGUUGUUUCCUAUCCGCCAUCUUCCAGUCGCCAUUGAAAGGUGAAAACUACGCUAAAUGUCGGUGAUGAUUUUAAGAUUUUGAGUGGUUUCUUUAAGAUUGAACCUGUUUUUAGUGUUGUGAAAUGAAAAUGAAGUGUCCAGGACUACCAUGACGCAUCAAAAUCACCAAACAAACGGUGCAAGUCUCGAGGAUUGCCACACAAACUUCUUCGCCUUGACGGAGCUGUAUGGCAUAAAAUGGCGUAAGCUGGUAUGGGGCGAGACAACCGGCGGCGGCGACGGCGAGGAGGGCGCGGCGCCGCUCGCGGAUCCUGUCAUCAGCUCCUACGCGCGCUGCCUGGCGGGCGACAUACUGUGCGUGUGGCGCCGCGUGCCGGCGCCGCAGCCGCCGCCCGACAACAUCUACGAGACGCCGGCGCCCGCGCCGCCGCCGCCGCUCUCGCUGCGCGCCGCCAAGGAGCUCUGGAUCUUCUGGUACGGCGAGGAGCCGGACCUGAAUGGCUUGGUUGCGCCGGAGCUGAUCGCCAGCCGUGAGUACUCAGUGAUUUAUAGUCAACAGCCUCAAUCAAUCGACUGA